AUGUCGAACUUUCCUGCUGCGAGUCCCUCCAUCUGGGUCGGCGGCCUGGAUCCCAAUCUCAACGAGCAGAAGCUUUACGACCACUUUGUGCGCAUUGGCCCAGUGGCCUCUGUGCGUGUAUGUGUGGACUCCGUCACGCAAAAGUCACUUGGCUACGGUUACGUGAACUUUCAGAACCCUGCAGACGCCGAAAAGGCACUGGAUCAAGCUGGCGUUAAGCUAGGAUCGAAGCACAUUCGCAUUGCCAAGAUUCAACGUGAUCCGUCUAAGCGACGCAGCGGCGUGACGAACAUUGUAGUGAAGAAACUUCCACCAUCCGUGGAUACCUAUGCACUUAAGGAAAUGUUUUCCAAGUAUGGGCGUCUUACCGCCAUUGGCCUUGCCACGAACGAGAACGGUGAAUCCCGUGGAUAUGCCCGUAUUUCCUACGAAAAGGAGGAAUCCGCGGUGGAGGCGGUACAGGAGGUGAACGGAAUGGUUAUCGAUGACUGUGCCAUUACAGUGGAGCGAUACCAACCACACCAUCGUGAGGAACAAUUGAAGCAAUUUACUAACCUCUACGUGAAGAACCUUGACCCCUCCGUCAAUGAUGAACAACUGAAGGAAGUAUUUUCAGCUUUUGGUGAAGUGACUUCCGCCAAGGUCCGUGAACUUGGGGCAAAUCAAACUGUUGGAUUUGCCUACGUCGCGUACGCCACCCACGAAGCCGCCGCCAAGGCCGUUGAGGAGCUUGACGAGAAGGAGAGUCCUUUGGCGAAGGAGGGGAUGAAGCUGAGUGUCUGCCGUUUCCGCUCCCGUGAGGAGCGUCAGCGCGAACGCGAACGCCAGCGCCGUGAGCGUCAACAACAACACAGCAAGUACCCGAACCUUUAUGUCAAGAACUUUGAUGACACUGUCACCAGCGAACGCCUGAAGGAGCUCUUUGAGCGCUGCGGUGAAACUGUUUCUGUCCGUGUCAUGAUGGACCGGGCCACUAGGCUAUCCCGUUGUUUUGGCUUCGUUUCGUUCAAGGAGCAGAGUGCUGCGAGUCGCGCCAUUCAGGAGCUUCAUGGAAGCACGGUCCUUGGUCCUCGCCCACUCUUUGUGACCUAUGCCCUUCGCAAGGAUGCCCGUCGACAGACACUGGAAGACAUGCGUAACAAGCAGCCACGUAUGCGUCAGCCGCCUAUGGGCAGCCUUAUGGGUGGGAUGAUGGGACCUCAACUUGGCUUCAUGGGACCGCAAGCAAUGUUUAACGGCGUUCCCUUUGUAAACCCUCGCAUGUCUAUGAUGCCUGCACCCAUGGGCAUGGGUGGUCAACUGCGACCGAUGGGUCCUACACCGAUGAAUCAAGUGCGGGCACGCCCCAUGUCACAACGUGCCCCAAUGCAGUCAAUGAUGGCACCACCUCCGCAACCGCAACCACUGGCCUCACAGGGACAGAACCUGUCGACAGUUCUUGCUAAUCUGACUCCCGAACAGCAGAAGAAUGUCCUGGGCGAACGCUUGUACAACCACAUUGUCGCUAUCAACCCCGCUGCGGCUGCAAAGGUGACUGGUAUGCUUUUGGAAAUGGAUAACGGCGAGAUUCUUAAUCUGCUAGAUACACCCGGUCUUUUGGAUGCGAAGGUGCAGGAGGCUCUUGAUGUGUUGAACCGUCACAUGAGCGUCUAG